UUCAUCACCGCAUCGCUCCUGCAGAUCUCAUAGCUGUGGUGAACAGGCAGGGAGCAGCACGUUGGGAGGACGUAUGUCGAUUCGCCAAGGUGCCUGGAAAAUUGGAAGAAACGCUGCAAGGGACAGCUUUUAGAUAUUGCGAGGCCUGCCAAUUAGGUCUCCGUUCAGGGUCAAUUUCAUCGUUGUUUUCAUUCACUGUGAAAUAGAGCCUAUUAUUUAUCCUACAAGAUGGGCAAUCGGGGAAUGGAGGACUUGAUUCCUCUGGUAAACAGAAUGCAGGAUGCUUUCUCUGCCAUCGGACAAAAUGCCAACCUGGACCUUCCUCAGAUCGCGGUGGUCGGUGGCCAGAGUGCUGGAAAAAGCUCGGUAUUGGAGAACUUCGUUGGGAAGGACUUUCUGCCUCGUGGCUCUGGUAUUGUCACUCGGCGCCCCCUAGUGCUGCAGCUGAUCAACUGCCCUACUGAAUAUGCAGAGUUUUUGCAUUGCAAGGGGAAGAAGUUUACUGAUUUUGAUGAGGUUCGUCAGGAGAUUGAGGCAGAGACAGAUCGCAUCACUGGCCAAAACAAAGGCAUUUCACCUGUCCCUAUCAAUCUGCGCGUCUAUUCACCUCAUGUAUUGAAUCUCACCCUCGUGGACUUGCCUGGUAUGACCAAAGUGCCUGUAGGUGACCAGCCGGCUGACAUUGAGUUCCAAAUCAGGGAUAUGCUAAUGCAGUUUGUGACUAAGGAGAACUGCUUGUUGCUGGCUGUGUCUCCUGCAAACUCUGACCUGGCCAACUCAGAUGCCCUCAAGAUUGCCAAGGAGGUGGACCCUCAAGGUAUGAGAACUAUAGGUGUGAUCACUAAAUUGGAUCUAAUGGAUGAAGGAACUGAUGCACGUGAAAUCCUGGAGAACAAGCUUCUUCCUUUACGCAGAGGUUACAUUGGGGUUGUGAACCGCAGUCAAAAGGACAUUGAUGGCAAGAAGGACAUUACUGCUGCCAUGGCAGCAGAGAGGAAGUUCUUUCUCACCCACCCAGCCUAUCGACAUUUGGCUGAUCGAAUGGGGUCUCCCUACCUGCAGAAAGUGCUUAAUCAGCAAUUAACUAAUCACAUCCGAGACACCCUGCCAGGACUGAGGAAUAAACUUCAGAGCCAAUUACUGUCCAUUGAGAAAGAGGUGGAGGAGUACAAACACUUCCGCCCCGAUGAUCCUUCUCGCAAAACCAAGGCUCUGCUACAGAUGGUGCAGCAGUUUGCAGUGGAUUUUGAGAAGUGCAUUGAGGGUUCAGGAGAUCAGGUGGACACAGUGGAACUUUCCGGAGGUGCAAGGAUCAAUCGCAUCUUCCAUGAGCGCUUCCCCUUUGAGCUGGUUAAGAUGGAGUUUGAUGAAAAAGAGCUGCGUAAGGAGAUAAGUUACGCCAUCAAGAACAUCCACGGUAUCAGGACCGGUCUGUUUACUCCAGACAUGGCCUUUGAGACUAUUGUUAAACGGCAGAUUGCAAAGAUCAAAGAGCCAUGCCAGAAAUGUGUGGACCUGGUCAUCACCGAGCUGGUCAAUACGGUCAGGCAAUGCACCAAGAAGCUGGCUCAGUACCCCAUGCUUAGAGAGGAAAUGGAGAAGAUUGUCACCCAACACAUCCGUGAUCGGGAGAGUCGCACCAAAAAUCAGGUCAUGUUGCUAAUUGACAUUGAGUUAGCAUACAUGAACACCAAUCAUGAGGAUUUCAUCGGUUUUGCAAACGCCCAGCAGAGAAGUAGUCAGAUGAAUAAGAAGAAGACUGCUGGCAAUCAGGAUGAGAUAAUGGUUAUCAGAAAGGGUUGGCUAACCAUCAAUAAUAUUGGCAUCAUGAAAGGAGGAGCGAAGGAAUAUUGGUUUGUCCUGACCGCUGAGAAUCUGUCCUGGUACAAAGAUGAUGAGGAGAAAGAGAAGAAGUACAUGCUGCCAUUGGACAACCUGAAGCUCAGAGAUAUAGAGAAAAGCUUCAUGUCCAGCAAACACGUGUUUGCUCUCUUUAACACUGAACAAAGGAACGUGUAUAAAGACUACAGGCAACUGGAAUUAGCUUGCGACACUCAGGAGGAGGUGGACAGCUGGAAGGCAUCCUUCCUACGAGCUGGAGUCUACCCAGAGCGCAUCACUGAUAAAGAGAAGCAGAGUGAUGCCAGUGAGGAGAACGGCUCGGAUCGCUUCAUGCACUCCAUGGAUCCACAGCUUGAGAGGCAGGUGGAGACCAUCAGGAACCUUGUGGAUUCCUACAUGGCCAUCGUCAACAAGACUGUGCGGGACCUCAUGCCCAAGACCAUCAUGCAUCUCAUGAUCAACAAUACUAAGGACUUUAUCCAUGCUGAGUUGCUUGCUAACUUGUACUCAUGUGGAGACCAGAACACUUUAAUGGAGGAGUCAGCAGAACAGGCUCAGCACAGGGAGGAGAUGCUGCGCAUGUACCACGCUCUGAGAGAGGCCCUCAACAUCAUUGGUGACAUCAGCACCACCACAGUCUCCACUGCCAUGCCUCCACCGGUGGAUGACUCCUGGCUACAGGUACAAGGAGGACCUUCAGGGCGCAGAUCUCCAAUGUCUAGUCCAACUCCCCAGCGCCGGGCCCCACCUGGGCCCCCUCGUCCAGGUGGACGCACCGCUCCAGGGCCCCCUACUGCUGGAGCACCUCCUGUGCCAUCCAGACCUGGAACCUCUCCUGACCCCUUCAGUGGCCCCCCGCCCCAGGUCCCCUCUCGUCCUAACCGUGCACCACCAGGUGUCCCCAGCCUUUCUGCCCUGCCCUGAUCCCUGGUCUUUAACACAAGAACUACAGAUCAGUAACACUCUUCCUGCUAUAUCUACUUUUCUCUUCUGUCACAAUCCAUUACCUAUACUCAGCUCACACACACUCUUAUACACAGUCCAACUCAGAGACCUGCACUAACAAACCACUCACAUUUUUUCCCCGUCUCAUUGACAUUAGUCCAUGUGACAAUCCAUGUGCAUAUUCAUUCCAAUGUUGUUUUAACUCACUCAGUUCAUUUAUUGUUUGUAUAUAUAGAAACAUCAGUGCAUCAGCUUUGUGAGAUCAUUCUCUCAUGAUAUACAUGUUUGGUAGGAAAAGAUAAAGGAAACCGACCAAUUAAACAGGACAAACCAUGAGAUGACAGAUUUAUGAUUCCUCCCACUGACUCUUUUCUGUCAACCAAUGUUCUCCUCAAACUCAGUCCCACUAAAUCCCUUCCACAAUGAUUCCGGUUAUUCUUUCAGAAUUUCUAUCAGUGACCAAUGAGGAGUUACGCAAUUGGUAUGUCCGACAUAUUGUCCUUAUGUGGCAUCACCACGUCCUUGCAUGGAUCCAUCUUUAAAUGUGUUAACAUCUGCUGUCCCCUGACACCCCUCAUUCUCUAGAUAUGUCAAUUAGAGCACACCACGCUGUCUAUUACUGUCUAUUAAUUUGUUCAGAGUAUUUUAUGUUUCUAAUGGCCUAACUAUGCUUAGAACUGCCAUUUAAUUUCAUAAGGAAGUGAUGCCAUUUGGUUGAACAAUGUAUUUAGUUUCUAGCCAUAGUUAUAUUUAAGGUUGACAUAAUGUUAACAUGGUUUUAAUGUAUUUUUUUAAUGUUUAAUUUGUCAUUUUAUACAUUUUUAUUAUUAUUAUUUACUAAAUAGUGUUGUUGUUUUGAGGCAAAUAGAUCCCAUAACACAUCAAGGUGUUUCUAAUACUUUUUUUGUUGUAUAUGACGUGUAUGUUUUUGUAUGAUGUGUGUUCUUAAUAGUGUUUUUUUUUUUUUUUAUUUGUGAAACUUAACAUGCCAAAUGUUCAGUUAUGGUUAUGCAAAUCAUCUGGCUGUCUAUUUCUUGAAUGUGAUUUGGAUUUAUAUCCUACGACACCGAUUUUGCAGUUCAUGAAUUCUCUGAUGAAUCCACCUUGUUUAUCAUGCAGUAUACGUAUGUUCAUUUUCAGUGGUCAUUGUUGCUGCCUUUGUCUUCAUGUUCUUUUGUGUUGUUCCUAAUUGUGUCUUUUCCCCUGUUGUCUGUCUGUCCCUCUGUUUGUGUGUCUGCUUCCAUCAAUCUGUCUGUUGUCAUCUUUGAAGUCAGAGAGCACCAGCCUCCCCCACCAGAGCCAACAGAGACUCGCUCACUGAGCGUUAACACUGGCGAUGAGCAGACAGAGGAUAACCACUGACCCCUCUGCCACUAUAUAUACUAUACACAUGCAUGCACACACACACACUCAGUGACACAAACACACACCAUCAACACAAGCACAGUCCACAUACAUAUCACAUGUUUACUUGAAGAAGUAUUUUCUCUUUCACAAAUAUAAUGUGUAAUGUCAGGAAUGAACGUCAGUAAUAUUCUAAAUUGAUCUAAUUAUUGUACCGUUCUCAUUCACAUUAGCACAUAUGUGGUGCCACUGUAUUCCGUUACCAGCAUAUAUCCUGCAUUUAGGAAUGAAGAACAUUAGUUAUAAAAUGCACAGGGACUGUCAAUGCAAACUAGCCUAUUACACUGUUUGCUUCAACAUUUCUGCACACGAAUGCUAGAUCACACUGACAUGUUUUUGCCUUUAUUAGCAACAAAUAAGCCUUAACCAACAUCUGACAGGUUCACAACCCCUCAAUACGAGUGACCUGCAUGUUUUUCCUGAAAACCGCAUUACUUGUCAUACUGCUUGACGUCUUUAUUAAAUUUUAUGCCAUCAUAUUUUUUUUCUUAACAAUAAACAAGUUUUAUCUUAAUCCCCUGAAGUUUUAUAUGGCCUUAUAAAGCUGGCCCCUUUAAGCCGGUUCCUUUUAGUGAAUCAAACAUACACAGCAUGUAUGCUUGUGAGAGCUAAAUCAGUGUAGUUUCUGACUGGCUUUUCAUAUGACAAUGUGUAAGGUUUACCAGUGGAUUUUUUUUUUUAAAUUAACGAAAAUAUUAAAUGUUUUGAAUUAAACCAUUUUUGGUUAUACAAAAUUUUUAAAAAUGCUCUAAAUUAUCAUUUGGCAAUUUUUCUUUCAAUAUUUUUUUCUUCAAACUAAAAUAAUUGCUAAUAAAACUGCUGAAAAUGCACUAUGCAGGAUUAGGGGGGGGGGGGGGGGAAUGCGUCUCAAUUAUUACUUGUGUGUGGUGGUGUUUGUGUUUGAUACACUGCCAUGUGCCUAUAAUUUCUUAGUUUGGAUUAGUUCUCUUUUUACAAAGAUGUUGAUCCAGGAACAUGAUUGCACUUGGUGAAAGCAGGUGAGGGUGGGACUUUAUCGUCUGUCUGAAGCUCGGGAAGCCCCGCUAAGUUCUCCUGUCUCGACACAAACACAAUUAGCUGAUAUUGCUAUUGCCUUGUUGACUGCAAUCUGUGACUCGACAGAUUACUAGGCAUUGUAGUUAUGUUUUUAUGAUGACAUGUAAUUAUUGUUUAUUAGCGAGCUAGACUUGAUGGCUAAAGAUGGCUAAACCUGCACACAAAUUACAGCCAGUCAUCUAAUUA